AUUAUUACUUUAUAUUAAUGAAGGUUAGUCUCAUAUAUUGCUGUGGCUUCGUUAUUUAGACAGUGAGCUGGUUCCUGUUAGUUUCAUUCUGUUGUAAACUGAACUGAUGACAUACGUGAUCCAUAAUUUUUCCGACAUGUUCUUGGCCUAAUGAAGUAUUCUCAGGCUUUGUUGCAAAUCAGUCCCAUAUGGCUCAGGAAUUUCAGAUGUAAGAUGAAAAGAAUUUGAAAUAAUUCUGUGCAUCUUGCCGCUGUCUCAUCUUUAUUCUUUACUUUUUUAUUGUAUAGGCUAGUCGCCUUUAGAUUAGAAUGCAAAGACAGGAAACUUCAAAUUUUAAUAGAAGCCGAACGGUCUUCACUACUCAAUUAACAUUAGCGAAAUUUUUAGAGUCAUAACGAAAAUCGCUGAUUCAGUUUCAGACGUCCCAUAAUAUGUCGUCACAUCUUAAGCUAGUUCAUCGACAACUGCAAUGGUUGUUGAAAAAUAAAUGAAGCUCUACGCAUCACUUUUAAAUAGUAGCAGUGAGAUGAAAAGAGGAAAGUAAAUACAGCAGGACAUUAAUGAUUCGUAUUUUGCUAUAUUAUAUUCUUUCCUAUAUUCCACAUAUUGAUAUUUAGGAAUGAUCUGGAGAGCCUCCUAGAUUAGAAAUGUAACGUGAAUAUGCUAUCAUAUCGUGAGAACUAUGGGGAAACCGCUGCGGAUUGCCAUAUCAUUAAAUACACUGCAUAACAAUGCUGAUCGUACCACCACUCGAGCUGCUGCGAUACGCAUUAAUGAUGAGUGUGGUGAAUUCGACCAUGCUCAUGCAUAUAUUGCUCGCAGAACAUUAACACGUAUACCUUUACUGGCGGAUAAUAGUGCAUACCGAGUCGUUCUUCAACAGACCCAGAUAAACCAGAUGAACGGUCGACGUUCUCUCACCUCAAAAUGUUUGAAGGAAAAAGGAUACGAUGAAUUGGUGAGAAAGCCUCCACAACCCGGCGAAAAUCCUCAUGUGGAGUGUCCAGGAUUUCGAAAGGUGCCCGAUCUCGAACCACUCAGAGCUACUCGACGUCAUAACGCAGAAGUCUGUACUGAUGAAACAUAUCUGAAACGACAUGAGAAGUAUGAAAAACAAGAAAAGUUGAUCAAACGUCGGGACCGUAUACGACAACGUGAGGAACAAUAUCGACUUCGUCUCAUGAAGGUGGAAAGGCCAAAUACUUCACCUGAGCCAAAAAUAGAUUCAAUAGAAGUGGUAGAGAAAAAGCCUCGUCUUCGAAAACAUUGAUUUCUGUUGUAGGAUAUGAAAUCACAGUCGGACAUAAUAUCAUUCUUGUUAUGAAAACGUUGUUGUAAUAGUAACUGAAGAUGUGACAUGGAUAAAUAUUUUUCUGCUG